UGAUUCAGUUUCAAUCUAUUAGCGGUCUAGAGGCGACAAACAAAAAUGUCGAGUUUUGAUUUAAAAUCUUUAGAAGAAAUCCUGGAAAAGUAUAUAUCGAACGAUGAACAUUUAAAAGAAGUGAAAAGGCUAUUAUAUGGCCGUUCAGAGGACAACAAGAUUGAACUAUCGGAGGAGGCAACGAAAUUGGCCUCCAAGCAUGGUUUCGAAAUUCAAGGUUAUCGUUUCACUGCGAAAGCUGAAUGUACCCGUUUACCCCGUAUAGUUCGCAUAGGAGCUAUACAAAAUUCGAUAGUAUUACCAACUAGCAGCCCCGUUGACACGCAGCGCGAAGCCAUAUGGCAAAAAGUUCAAGUAAUGAUCAAAGCAGCAGCCUUAGCUAAUGUAAACGUCAUUUGUUUGCAAGAAGCAUGGACCAUGCCCUUCGCUUUUUGUACACGUGAGAAAUUCCCGUGGUGUGAAUUUGCCGAAGAGGCUGCAAACGGUCCCACAACUAAAAUGUUACAGGAAUGGGCCAAGGCUUUUAAUAUGGUCAUUAUAUCACCGAUUCUAGAGCGGGAUACUAAUCAUAGUGAUACUAUUUGGAAUACGGCCGUAAUAAUAUCAAAUCGCGGUCGAUAUUUAGGCAAACAUCGCAAAAAUCAUAUACCCCGUGUAGGAGAUUUCAAUGAAUCAACUUAUUACAUGGAAGGCAACACUGGCCAUCCGGUCUUCGAGACAGAUUUUGGCCGCAUAGGGGUUAAUAUCUGUUACGGACGUCAUCAUCCGCAAAAUUGGAUGAUGUUCGGCGUGAAUGGAGCUGAGAUUGUUUUCAAUCCUUCAGCCACUGUAGGGUCACUUAGCGAACCCUUAUGGCCGAUAGAAGCCAGAAAUGCUGCCAUUGCCAACAGUUAUUUCACUGUAGCAAUUAAUCGCGUUGGCAGUGAAGAGUUCCCUAACAAGUUCACUUCGGGCGAUGGAAAUGAUCCUCAUACGAUAUUUGGUCCAUUUUAUGGUUCAAGUUAUAUCACAGCACCGGACGGUAGCCGAACUCCGAGCCUUUCACGAGAUCAAGAUGGUUUAGUAAUAGCCGAGAUAGAUUUGAAUCUUUGCCGUCAAGUCAAAGAUUUUUGGGGUUUCCCAAUGACUCAGCGUCUUGAUUUAUAUGCAAAUGCCUUGCAGCAUGCAACAAAAUUAGAUUUUAAGCCACAACUCAUUAAAGAAUAGAUUUUUGAAAACAAA